ACGUCGUUGUCAAUUCCUGUGUUUCUUUGAUCGCACAUGCCAGGUUGCAGGCUUGUAGGGCUGGGUGGGCAGAGGGGGGCGCGGAGGGAGCGCCAACAUGGCGCACAGGCCGGAGUUCGUGCCUAAUGAAGACUUCGAGAAUGACCCUCGACCGAAGCACGUCAUCUGGAAGUACGUGCAGAAGGGGCAGGACGGAGCGCGCCCCUUCGAGGGAGUGGGCGCCUCUGGAGCAGUGGGCACGUCUAGUGGAGGGGGAGAGGGAGCAGGAGAGGGCGCGUCAAGGGUAGAGGGAGCAGGAGAGGGCUCGCGUGGAGCAGGGGAGGGCCCGUCAGGGGUAGAAGGAGUAGGGGAAGAGAAAGAGCGUGCAGAGCACGCAAGGGCGAGACUGUUUGAUCCGGUGGGGAAGAGGCCGCAUGGUGCUUCACAUUUGCAGCUAGGGAGGGGACGGUGUGUGCCUGAUGGGGCUGCUAGCGGUCCGCAGGACGAGCGGCAGUGGUGGAGGGAGAGGAUGCUCCAGCGAGCGAGAGACGAGGGCAUACAUGUCCCUGCCGACCUUGAGGAAGGGCUGGCGACAGACUCUGUGGAGCGGAGACAGGCUCGCCACCGAGUGCCCAGAGUGACCCAGACUCGUCUCAACGGUUGGGUCGAGCACCCCAUCCAGUACGACCUCGACAUGGCAUACAUCAGAUUCUUCGUGGGUUGUGGUAUCCCGUUCAACGUCGCUAGAUCAGAGUGGUAUUUGGCUCUACACGACGUCUACCUCACUCAGUUCAAGGGUCCGUACCGACCGCACCACCCGGGGUCUGAGUUACUGCGCACGACUCUGUUGUCCCUGUUGUACGCGGAGCUCGAUGAGCGUUUGCGGUAUCACCGAGAGUCGUGGUCAGAGGGGGUCACUUUCAUAACGGACGGCUGGUCGACUCAGGCCAACCGCCCUCUCUGCAACUACUUGGUUGCAGGGAGGUUGGGUGCAUCCCUGUACCGUGUUGAGGAUAUGUUCGGUAGGGAGCGGACCGGAGCASGUMUAUACCUCAGAUGGAGGGARCUCAUUYUGGMGAYCGGCGYUCAGCAUGUGGURKCGAUAUGUACGGACAAUGCGUUGGCCAACAAGGAGGCUUACCGUUUGCUCCGUAAUGACCAGGAUCUUUCAUUGCGAAAGAUCGCUUGGAUCCCUUGCGCAUGCACACGCCAUGGAUCCCUUGCGCACGCACACUUCUGCAAUUUGAUGCUCAUGCACAUCGCCAGACAGCCAUGGGUUGCGCAGGUCGUCGUGGAAGGGCGAGAUAUCACUUUGUUUUUUCGGCGGCACGCACGGGCAGCGUACCUCUUGAGUCGGCAGUCUCCUCCUGUGUCCUUGAUCCGCCCGGGGGAGACGCGCUACGGGACCAACUUGAUCAUGCUGAGGCGCAUGUUGGAGUUGCAUUCAUUUUUGGAUGCCUUUGUUAGCAGCAGUGCUUGGGCGAUGACUGCAUGGCUCCCCGCAUUGAGGGAUGGCGCACGCAGGUGCUUUGACCUUCUCCGCGACCCAAAGUGGUGGCAGCAGGUGGAUCUGGUUGCCACCAUUAUGGGCCCCAUUCAGGAGUUCCUCCAGCAGGUUGAUUCUGACGGGCGUAGGGUCGGCGACGUGUGGGGUCUGCUGGAGAGGCUGCGGAUCACCGAGCGCAUUCUCGUGGAGAAUGCGCUUGAUUACAUCGCGAGCCAGAUCGCGGGAGGCCGAGAGGGCAACGAGAUGACUGUCGUGUGGAGUUCUUUGCAGGACUUCCAUGGCAAGUAUCCCACACCUGGUCAUUGGGGGGGACCCGUCGGAGAUGCAGAGAUCGAGCAGCCCGACUUUGAUCCCGUGAGGUGGUGGAGGGUUCAGGGGCGUGAUCAUUGGGUACUGCGAGAUGUCGCCAUGUGCUGCUUGGGUGCGUGGACCACUGCCUCUCCCUGUGAGAGGAACUGGUCCACGCACGACUUCGUGCACACAAAGAGGCGCAACAGGCCGGGCGUCGAGCAGUUGGAGAAGCUUGUGUUCUGUCACUGGAACCUUAAGCUUCUCCAGAGCAGCCACGCGCGCGGCGGGUUCAUAGGGGCAGGCCUCCCAGGGGUCGGAUUGACUGAUGUGGAGAGGAGGGCAGAGGACUACUCCCGUUUCGAGCCGGACGUGAUGGCCCCGGGGACAUACGACCCGGCCGAGAUCGAGAUGGAGGCCGAUCGCCUUAGGAGGCAGUCGAGGGGCAGACGCUUGGCGCGGGCCGCUGCAGCACUGGCUCAUCAAACUCGCCAGCAGGGCGAAGACGCGAUCCGCAAAGAGGAUGUGAUUGACGACGACGUGUCGUGGUUGUCGGGACCUUAUCGAGGGGAUGGGUUUUUGGAUGUCAAGGCCCCUGCCACCGUGAGCCCUGCAGGUUGGAUGCUCCCGCCACGCGCCAGCCUUCGCGGUGACGAGGCCCCCCUUGCUGGCACAUCUGCAUGUGAGGCAGACUCGCACAACCUUCGUGGAGACGAGUUUCCUGACGUGUCGGCCGGCGCUGGCGCAGAUGACGGCACGGGGGGGGGGGGGAGGCGGUUGCAGGUCGAUGCACAUACCGCCACACCCCACGAGUCCCACCAGCCGAGGGAGCCCGCUACACGAUCUUCGACCCCGGCAGCCCUCGAGGACACGUUGCAGCCGUCUUCCGCGACAGGUACUGUUGAGGGCACGUCAGCCGAGUCCCCCGCCGUGCCUGCUGCCACCUUUUCCAGCCCCCACCGUGCAGUGGAGUACGACUCCGAGGGGCGGCUCAGACGACGAUCGGGUUUCACCGGUCCGCUAGACUUGUGGGCAGCAUCGRCUGUAUGCCAUGAUGUUGAGAGKGAUUUAGCGGCGUAMUUGYCRAGACCGUUGUCGGAUCUGCCGCGAGUUGCCCCUGAUGCGGAGACCGGCGACGAGGAAUGUGGAGAGCCCGUUGUUGGGGAGGCUGCGGUUGGGGAGGCCACUGCGGGAGAGGGAGGCGUAGAGAGAGAGGAUCUCGCGCGCGACCUGGCGGCGACCGGUUACUCGGCGGAGGAGAUCGAGGAGGCAUUAGAGGGGUACCCUGGGAAACAGGGACGAGGCACACUUCGACAGGGGAUGCACUCACGUCACGGGGUGGAUUGUGGCACCGCACGCGUUUCUCCCUCGCUCCCGUUGCCACGCCCAGAUCCUUCUUUGGCACUGGGCAUCGCAGGCCGCGGACUGCAGCCGCCUCCCGAGAUGAACACACAGGGUGCCAGUGCCCAGAGCAGCGGCAUACGGGAGCACGACUCCCCAGGUACUGGGCUUCGCCAUGCAGUUCCCCCUGUAGUUUCUGGCGCACGGGCGACGAUGCCAUUGCUGCCGAGAGACCCCUUAAUCAUCACCGAGCCGAUUCGACCAUUUGUUGGUCGCAAGAGAAAGGCAGAGAGUGUCAACAGACAGGAGGCAAGGGGAGUUGCAGGUUGUGGCAGAGGCAGAGGCCGACCAUUGGUAGAGGGGAGGGGUGCGGGCGAAAGGGUUAUGUCUGCAGCGGGACGCGGGAGAGGAGUGGGGCGUGGGAGAGGAGAGGGACGUCCAGAGGCCGACCACCAGGACGGGGGAGAGGAGAGGGACGUGCCACGACACGAGGGGGCGGUGUACCACGGAGGAGAGCCCCCGCAGAUGGAAGAGACGUUCAUGUGGACGCAGUGCCGGUCACAUCAUCGAGCACCGAGGAGGAGGAGGGCAUAGCAUUGCGCAUCACCAGGCGGCGCAAGGGAGAGGCGACGACGGGGGCAGCACAAGCAUC